AGUAACACCUGCGCAAUUUUGAGCUUCCGGCAUAUUGACCUACAUUCAAACGUCGGUGUUGUUCUAAGUUCAAAAUUUUAGUAAUUUCGAUAUUGCGGAAACAAAAUUAACGCAAAUAUGCCUCCCAAAUUGUGUGGAAAAUGUGAUAAGACAGUUUAUCCGACGGAAGAACUUAAAUGUUUGGAUAAGGUAUGGCACAAGGGCUGCUUCAAAUGUGAGAUCUGCAAUAUGACAUUGAAUAUGAAAAACUACAAAGGCUACGACAAACUUCCUUAUUGCACUGCGCACUACCCGACGACAAAGCAUACAGCAGUGGCAGAUACACCAGAAAUUAGAAGAAUACAAGAAAAUACAAAAAUACAGAGUAAUAUUCAAUAUCAUGCUGAGUUCGAGAAACAGAAGGGCAAGAAGACGGAUAUUGCGGAAGAUCCUGAGAUGAUGCGUGUCAAAAAGAACAUGGAGGUGAUCAGCAAUGUUAGUUACCAUGGGGAUAAGGAGCGUAGGGAACAGAUGGAGCAGGCUAGACCAGCUGAACAAUUGGAAGGGGGCCGCAAUGUUCGUUCCAACCCUGGCCGGAUCGCGGAUAUGGAACCUGCCAUGGAACCCGCGGGUGGCACGCCUUACAGCAAUCGGAACUCUGCAAGCGCCCGACAGGUGUACGACUCUAACGUGGGGAAAGAAGGCAGCCGCUUUUCGUACACAGGUGGCAAUCAAAGCAUUGAGCAGCCAGCGAGACGCAAUGUGGGCUCCAUAAGCGAUUAUGAUCCUCUCAAUGAAAAAUAUGGUUCAAUUGCUGGACAGAAUAAUCCUAGAGGACAGCCUGCCCAGCAGGCGUACCAGCCCCCGGCGCAGUCCUACCAGCCUCCGCCACAGGCAUACCAGCCCCCACCCCCUGCCAACCCUGCACCUGCUGCUGGAAAAGGGAUGGUUUGCCAAGCCAUGUAUGAUUACGAUGCAGCAGACGCAGAUGAGGUCAGUUUCCGAGAGGGAGACAAGAUAGUUUUCUGUCAGCCAAUAGAUGCUGGUUGGAUGGAGGGAACUGUGGAACGCACGGGCAAACGGGGCAUGUUGCCUUCUAAUUAUGUUGAGAAAAUGAACUAGCAAGUUGAUGUUAAAUACUUUUAUGUUAGAUAAGAUAUUUAAUUACUUAACUUCAUAUAGCUUGUAAAUUAUAUGUUAUAGACUUUUUAUAAUAGAAUUAAGUGUACAGUUAGAAUACUUUUUAUUGGAAAAAUAUAAGUGUAGCUUAGUAAAAUCGACUAUUUACUCUUGAAAUUAUCAAACUGUACACAGAAAGCGUUCUAUCCUAGCUGUGUUGUUUUAAUAUCAAUUGUUUUAAUUGCUACAAAGUAUUAUCCAAUCAGAUGAAUGAAAGUUAAUGAAGGAAGUUGUAUUCAUAACAGAAUAGUUGUAUUCAUAACUGGACAGUUACCUAUAUUCAAGUGUAUGCUUCUUAUACAUACAUAAUUGGGAUAUUCAUCUUUUCUGGACACAAUACUGUUAAUUAGUUCUGUCAGUAUUACUAAUGCAAUGUCAGUUUGUUAAUGGGCUGUUAAAAGCUUUUUUUUUAUCAGACUCACAGCCAGUGUUAUGUUGGGUGUGUACUUUUAUAAAAUGGAAGAGGUUUUAUCAAAGCAGAAGCGAGAUGGUAUAUGUAACACAAAUAAGUGUUUUGUUUGGUAGAAAUUUGUGGAUUCUAUUUGUUCAUUUUCACCACUUUCAUGCUGGAAUAAAGGUACAUCAAUAUUCUGGUUUGUAGAUUUAAAAUCCUGGAUUGUUUCCGCUAUUUUCACGUGAAUCUGAUGUGCUGGUGCUCCGUGUUAUUUAUUAAUCAACACAUCAUGAUGCAGGAGUUUAGGGCUUAAUCUAUUGGUUAUUUCAUAUUUCUUAUAAUGUUCAUUUGCUUCUUUUAUAAAGAUAAGUGUUAUUUCAUGUAUUCUAUUUAUCACAGUAUCUGAUAGUACAUCAAUACCUUGAAAGCAUGUACAACCGAACUGAUUUUUUGUUGUCCAUUACUGAAUAUAAAUUUUAUAUAUUUUAUAAUGAGAGUGUACAGUGACACAAUUAUUUAACAUGCAUAACAUACUUAAUGAUAUUAUGAUUUAGGAAGAAUUGUUUGAAUCUAGUUAGUUUUGUUGUUCAUGUAAAUACUGCCAACAUUUGUAUUUAAGUUAUAUCUCAUAAACAUCUGUUUUGAAGUGGACAACUUCUUUUUGAUGGGCUGAGAACAAAGUUAAAUAUACGCAAGCUAUGUUUUUUGAAAUAUUCGUUGAGUUUAUUUGAAUAAUUUGAUUCUUCCUAUAUUUGUUAAUAUUUGUUAUUUCAAUACCCUAAACUUUAUUACAUAUAAGUAUUUACCAGAUUUUGGAGAUGGGUAUUGUUCUUUCUAGUAGGAGAUUUUAGCAUUUAUUGUCCAUAAUGUGCAAUUGUCAUUGCCUUUGUUUCUUGCUUUUCUUCUAUUAACUAAGACUCUGUCUUUGCUUUCCCAACACAUACCUCUAUUUUCAGCACUUGUAAUAUACUUGUAUAUUUUGAUUAAAUAAUAAUCAUAGAGACCUUCAUGUAUUUAUAAAGUGGUAGGUAUUGGAUAUUUUUGUAUUGCGCAAUAUAUUAUUAUGUAAUCAGACAGGUAAUUUGUGAAUUUCCUUUGUAAUGAUUUAAUGAUCAUAUAUGUUCCAAACAUAUUGUAGUGUAUGUUUCAAGUAUAACAAGAACUAACAAGUUUCAAAUAUAAACAAGUAAUACAAAUUAUUUAUGUUUCAUCAAAUAUUAUUACUAAAACAUUAUUUGAAAUGCAUUUUUAGGAUUAAUUAAAUUCUGAUUGAUUACAUUAAGUAACUUUAACGGAAAUAAACUUUAAAAUAUACAUUGAAUUAUUUUUAUUUUGUUUGUACCUUUUAAAUAUAAUGUUGGUGAAAUUCAAGUAGACACUAGUAAACGGUUACUUUUAACUAUUUUUGAAAACUUCUUAAUUGUUCAUCAUGAUAAAGGUGAUCUUAUUCAGGUUUGAAUAACAUUUUGUACUAUAUAGAAUUACAACAAUCUUUUAUUCCAGCACCUGCAUUUUAUUAACUGAUUUAUUAACUGAUGUUUGUUAAUUAGAACAUUUUUUAUCUAUUGGAACUGCUGAAUUUGUGUGCGAUGAUUUUAUUUCUAAAUGUUUGUUUUAUAUGUGUGUGCAUGAGUGUUUGUAUAUGGGUAUUCAAAAUCUAACAACAAAAAACUGUUCAUUUUAAAAAAGUUUGGUUAUGUCUGAAAUGCUCAUUAUUUACCCUAUACAAUAAAAGAAUGGUUUUGUUUGCCUCUUAAUAUUAUAUACUUGAUCUAAAACACAAAAAUACAUGUUAACAUGUCUUCAAAAUAAUAAGUUAAGAGUGAAAGAUGCGUUGGGUUUUGUAAUUCAUGUUUCUUUUAUCUUUCUUCAUUAUUAAGGAAAGUAACGAUGCAUUUCUAGGCUUCUAUGAGAAGUUUCCCCAAUAUUUCCAAGUAUUACAUAAUGUUUAUUUAAAGGCUUUUUAAUUAUCAUUUGUUUGUUUCUGACAUCUCUUUGAGCGUGUUCUUAGUUAUAACUGUUGCGUUUCAAUUGCGGAAGCAUGUUUUAAAUUACGCUUGUAUUGUCAUUUAGAACAAAAUAAAUUUGAAAAUAA